AUGGUUGAUGUGACUCAAUCGCCCUACGGGGACUAUAAGUUCGUCGGUCGUGUGGAUCACAUAAAGACCUUUAAUCAGGCCAUCAAGUCUAUCUGCUUUAAUGAUUACGGCAUGCUUCAGGUGUCCGAAGACGGAAUGCGCAUUACGGUAGAGCAAGGAAAGUCCAUUCAGGCCACUUUGUUCAUGCCCCCAGGCGCCUUUAAAGAGUUCCACGUAGAGGAGUUCCAGUGCUUCGGCCUGAAGAUGAAUGUUCUCUCCGAGUGCUUGAACCUCUUUGGAUCCGCCGAUUGCAGUCUGAGGAUGAUGUACAGGGGUCACGGCGAUCCACUGAUGAUCAUCCUGUUUCCCUAUGACGAUGACGAUGUGAGCACCGAAUGCGCACUUAAAACUAUGGACUGCGAUGAGCCAAUUGACUAUGACAUGAACUUAAAGGAUCCCGAUCUAAAUGUUAUUUUUGUACGCGGACCGAACCUUGCUAAGGUGUUCAACGAACUGGAAAAGUCGGCAGAGGAAUUCGAGUUCGUCACAUCGCCCCAACGACCGCACUUUAAGAUCACCACCGUUGGAAUCAUGCAGGCUGUUUUCAGCGUCGAGGUGGCCAAGACCAGCCCUAUGAUGAUGAUGUUCAACUGUAAAAAGACAGUGGUUGCUCGCUACAAAAGCCAACAGAUCAAAAUUACCAAUAAGGCAAUGCAGUCUGCCACCAAGGUGGCCAUAAAAACGAACUCCAUUGGCCUAUUGGAACUGCACAUGGUAAUGCAGGGCGAGGGCCAUGAUGAGAUCUUUGUCCAGUUCUUUAUUAUUCCACUGCUUCAUACUGAUUAAGCUUUAUCCCACGAAACCGUUUACGAAAUAUAGCAUUUUAAUGUUGUUGAUAUGUAGACUUUGUAUAUGGUUCUUAAUGGUUCCAUAUCAAAAGAUAAAUAUUGAUUGCAUUUUAGUGACUGUUAGCUAUCAGUUGCAAAUUACGAUGAUUUUUCAGCUGUCCCCUCAUAUUUGCUAUUAGUUACAAAUGCAAAGAAAUAAAAGUACAAAAACUGAAAGCUGAUGUAAAUACAAUCAUGCAGUAGUCUAGCUGAUAAGACAUCUAUAAAUAAAUGUAUACAAAUACCAGUGUCUAUCCGAUUCCGGGCUGCUAUGCAGCCUGAGAGUCA